AUGCUUGCCUUCUUCCUCGCUCGAACCCAGUUUCCUCCUGGUCCCUGCCCACUGCCCGUCCUUGGAAAUCUGUUGCAGUUGCGUUUCCAGCUUCACCCUGAGAAGCUCAGCCAGCUGACCAGGACAUAUGGAAGCAUCUUUACUGUGUGGCUGGGGUCAACCCCAGUGGUUGUACUCAAUGGUUUCCAGGCAGUGAAGGACGCCCUGGUCACUCAUUCAGAGGACUUUGCCGAUCGGCCAGUUACUCCCCUCUUUGAGGACCUCUUUGGUGACAAAGGGAUCAUCUCAACCAGUGGUCAUGCCUGGCAACAACAGAGACGUUUUGGCCUCACCACCCUACGUGGUCUGGGAAUGGGCAAGAAAGUCCUAGAGCAACGACUGCAGGAGGAGGCUCAGUACCUGGUGGAGAUCUUUCGCAGACAGAAUGGCAAAUCCUUUGACCCCCAUGUACCUAUCGUCAGGGCAGCAGCCAAUGUGAUUUGCGCUCUAGUGUUUGGCCAUCGAUUCCCCCAUGGGGAUCCCUUCUUCCAAGAGCUGAUGAAAGCAAUUGAUUUUGGGCUGGCCUUUGUCAAUACCAUCUGGCGCAGGCUGUAUGAUGCCUUUCCCUGGCUACUGCGCCGGCUCCCUGGACCUCACCGCAAGAUCUUUAGGUAUCAGGAGAUUGUGAAGAAUCUCAUCUGCCAGGAGAUUCAGCACCACAAGCGAAGGGAGGCCAAGGACUUAGAGGACUUUAUCAGCUGCUACUUGGCUCAGAUCACCAAGAGAAAGGAUGACCCUGUCUCCACCUUUGAUGAAGAGAAUUUGAUCCAAGUCAUCAUCGACCUGUUCCUCGGGGGCACUGAAACGACUGCUACCACCCUGCGCUGGGCAUUACUCUACAUGACCCAUCACAGAGAUGUCCAAGAAAAAGUUCAGAAGGAAUUGGACACCGUCCUGGGGCCAUCCCGGGUGAUCAGCUUUGAGGAUCGAAAGCUCUUGCCUUAUACCAAUGCGGUUCUUCAUGAAGUACAGCGGUUUUGUAGCGUCAUCUCCGUGGGUGCCGUGCGUAAGUGUGGGACGGCCACCACCGUGCAGGGAUUCUCCAUCCAGAAGGGUACAAUUGUCUUACCUAACCUGGCCUCAGUGCUGUAUGAUCCUGAACACUGGGAGACCCCGUGGCAAUUCAACCCUGGGCACUUCUUGGAUAGAGAAGGAAACUUUGUGAUCAACGAGGCCUUCUUGCCCUUCUCUGCAGGUCAUCGGGUGUGCUUGGGAGAGCUCCUGGCCAAGGUGGAGCUCUUCCUGGUGUUUACAAAUCUCCUUCGGGAGUUUCAGCUGCAAGUCCCCGAGGGGGCCUCUGGGAAUGAGCGAGAUUACAUCUUCUGGGGCACAAUGCAGCCCCAGCCCUACAAAAUCUGUGCCACCCCUCGUCUGGGCUGGUUUCCAGGAUGCCCCAGGAAGGACAGUCUCAAAACUGCUAAGAUGCUCCGGGAUGUCCUCCACUCUUCUCCAAGCCCCACUCUAUGA